AUGUCUAAACGAAAAUGGACAGAUUUUAAGGCCCAAAUUGCCAAACGUAGAAACCAAACUAGUGAUGGCGAAACCUUGGAAUAUUUAACUGUUCAAAGACUCUCAGAACAUGUUGAGGAUUUCACCGUAAAUAGAACUUCAAUUCAGUUGAUAUAUUGUUUGCGAGAUCAAUAUAUGAACGUCCCUUUAGAUUGCGAUAAAAUGGAAGUAUAUGAACAACAAAAUAAUAUUAACAACAGAGUGUAUAGUUUCAUUAAAAAAUCCGAAAAUCAGCAAAAUAAAAGAUUAUUUCUUCCGUUUCUAGUAAACAAAAUUUAUAAUAUGGAUUCUGCAAAAGGAAUUCGAGUUGACUAA